GAGUAUAAAUACAGGUAGAUCAGCACACACAUCAGCAAGCAAACAGGCUCAACAACAGAUUCUCAGAGUGCACUGGACAGCAAUUCAGUCAAAAAUGCUGAAUCUUAUUCUAGUUCUCGCUGGAGUUUGUGCAGUGGGCAUGGCAAUGCCGUUACCUGAUUUUUACUCUUACUCACCUGCUGCUGGGGAUGGAACUGGAUAUUCAUUUUCCACUGCCCAUGAAAGUCGCAUUACAGGCAUUCGAAUUUGGGAGUACCCAAGCUAUUACAUUACUGGGAUUCAGCUAAGAUACGACAACGACUGGACAGACGUGGUUGGUGGGACCUAUGUCAAUCUAAUGGAGUGGACGCUAAAUGACAAUGAAUUCAUCAUUCAGGUCUCUGGAAAGCACGACUAUGGUUACUAUGGUUACAUCUAUCAGCUUAUGUUCGUCACUAAUAAAGGGCGCAUAUUUAAAGUUGGGCAGCCUUCAGGCACCUCGUUUAACUUCUACCCCGCUCAUGAUGGAGCUGAGCUGCGUUUCCUAAGUGGUCGACAGAAUGGCAAUGGCAUCACCUCCAUUGGUGCUCAUUGGGCUAUGUAUUACCCCAGUCAAACCACCACUACUGGCACCACUACCGCACUUCCGUCUUAAAAUUACUCAGUGUGCUGUACCUUUGCCCUGGUCCAACCGCAAACUAAGCAAACAGCUACAGACACUUCUUGUCCUGUCUACACAUUUAUGCAUUAGUGAGUUAGUGAGCUUUUCUUUUAACAACAGUACAUAGCAAAACAGUUUGUUGUGUUUAUUUUAGCACAUGACAUGAUGUAUGUGUUUUAUAUAAUCUCAUGAUUUUUUUUAUCUAAAACUUAUACAAACAGCAUUUUAGUUAUUUUAUUUUGAUAACCGUUAAAGGAAAAAGAACUAAGGUAAAUGAGAUAUUAAAUGAUU